AUGAUGCAGCGACUUCAAGGCAUUUCUAAAUUUGUGCCAACGAUUUAUGCCUUAUCGACUCCCGCAGGUCGCGCAGCUCUUUCAGUUGUCCGUAUUUCUGGGCCUUCUGCCAGCAAGGUACUCCAAAAACUGACUGGAAAGAUACCACAGCCGCGCUUGGCAUCUCUGCAAACUAUAAAACACCCUACCCGGUCUCAGAUUGUUGAUAAGGCGCUAAUUUUAUAUUUUCAACAGCCAGCAUCGUUUACUGGAGAAGACAUAGUGGAAUUUCAUUUGCAUGGUGGCAGGGCAAUUGUUACGGAAGCGUUGGAUGCAAUUGAGCGAACGAAUUUGCCAAAUUUACGAUAUGCAUUGCCUGGAGAAUUUUCAGAAAGGGCAUUCUACAAUGGAAAAACCGACUUGACUCAACUGGAAGGACUUGCUGAUGCUAUUGAUGCCGAAACAUCAGAACAACUUUAUUCUGUAUCACAACAAGCACAUGGCGACCUAUAUCGUUUAUGUUUUCGUUGGAGGAACAAGCUACUUGAAUGCAGAGCGCUUUUGGAGGCUACGAUUGAUUUUUCUGAAGAGCAUGAUUUGGACCAAAAAGAAUUUGAACCUAUUUUUAAAGAAAUCCUGGAUUUAACGGGUGAAAUGGAACGUCAUUUGUCCAAGGCCAGACCAACAGAAAUUCUUCGACAAGGCAUUCGAGUAGCUGUGGUCGGACCACCAAAUGCUGGCAAAUCAAGCUUGGUGAAUUAUUUGGCCAAGCGAAAAGUAUCUAUUGUUAAUGAACAGCCAGGGACUACUCGAGAUGCUAUUGAGACCUUGCUCGAUAUUCACGGCUUUCCGGUUUUCUUGACCGACACGGCUGGAUUUCGAAAAGGUUCAGAUGUUCAAGAGAUUGAAAGCAUUGGCAUAGAAAUUGCAAAAGAAAAGGCAGAAAAAGCUCAAGUAGUUUUGCUUAUAUUACCAUCCGGUACCUGGACCGGACAAUCUCUUGCUUUAGAAACCCAAAUUUUUGACCUUGUGAAAAAUUACAAAGCUCAGAAACAGCAAGUUCAUGUGCUAUUGAACAAAACCGACCUCGUCCAGCGAGCAUCUGAAGCAGCAAGCCCGGUCCGCAAAUACUUGCAUCAAGCCCUUGACAUCCCAGUAUCUAAUGUCCAUGAGGUAUCUGUAAAAAAUGAUAUGGGGCUUGAACAAGCGCUUGAUGCACUGGCAUCAUCUUUCAGAAUAAUUUCCCAUGUGCAGGCUGAAAACAACCAGGGCGAUGGGUAUGGUUGGAAUCAACGUCAGAGAGAAGCAUUAAAAGAAUGCAUAAAACAUUUAAGAAUGUCUCUUGAUCACGCUUCCGAUGUGGUCUUAACAGCGGAAGAAUUGAAACUCGCGGCUGAUGAAAUUGGUCGUAUUACUGGAGCAGUGAACGUUGAAAGCUUGUUUGACAUUAUAUUCUCUAGGUUUUGUGUAGGAAAAUAA